CUAAACAGGCUAGGCUAGGAUAGGAUUUGGCGGGAGGAGGUCCUCGUGUGAGUCGUGUCGUGUGUAAAAGAGGAGAGAAGAAGGUGACAUGGUUUCUGUGGACGUAGGAGCUUUCAUGAGUCGAGUAGAGAGACUCUACACAGACUGGGAGUCAGAAGAAGACACUAACCUGUGGAAUGAGGUGGACUGCGUUGCUGUCAUUGUUGGAAGAGAUGAAGAAGUAUUAUACGCUAAAUCCACAGCCUUACAGACCUGGCUAUUUGGUUACGAGUUGACGGACACUCUUUGUCUUUUCUGCGCUAACGAGAUUCACAUCCUCACGAGUAAAAAGAAGGCGGAGUUUUUGAAACCAGUUGAAGGACAGCUAGAGAAGAAGAGCGACCUUCCGAACCUUGUGAUACAUCUGAGGAACAAAGGAGACAAUGAUCAAGGAAAUUUUGAAGACGUAAUAAAAGCAGCCAAAGGAAGUAAAAGAGGAAAGAAAGUUGGUGUUUUCAUUAAGGAUGAAUUCACUGGGGAUUUCAUCGAAGGAUGGACAGCAGCUCUGAAGGAAUCAAGUUUAAAACAAAUUGAUGUAAGUGCUGCCUUUGCUUAUGUCUCCGCCCCUAAGGACGACAAAGAGGUUGAAAUCAUUAAGAAAGCUUGCCAGAUUGCAGCUAACGUGUUUAGUAAGCACGUCAGGAAAGAGAUAGCGACCAUUGUGGAUGAAGAAAAGAAAGUGAAGCACAGUCGGCUAGCUGAUGGUAUUGAUAAAGCUAUCACUGAUGACAAGAAGUUGCUGCCAGCUGGAGUGGACUCGGAACAGGUGGAGAUAUGCUAUGCACCAAUUAUACAAAGUGGAGGGAAAUACCAGCUGAAGUUUAGCACUGUCAGCAAUGAUGACAGACUCCAUUUUGGUACUAUAAUAUGUUCUCUUGGCGUGAGGUACAAGUCCUAUUGCUCUAACAUUUGUAGAACGAUGUUCGUAGAACCGACUCAAGAGAUGCAAGACAAUUAUUCAUUUCUUCUUUCUCUUUACGAGAAGACACUCGAGUUUUUAAAAGUGGGCGUGCCUCUCUCCGAAGUUUACAAUGAUACUUAUCGUUACGUUGAGUCUCAACGUCCUGACCUGAUUGAUCACUUUGUAAAGACCAUCGGGUUUGCAACCGGUUUAGAGUUCCGUGAAGCAUUUUUACAAAUAUCACCGAAAUGUAAUAUCUCAAUUGUAGCAGGAAUGGUUUUCUGUGUUAAUUUGGGUUUUUCUAAUUUAACGAAUUCUUCGUCAAAAGACGAUCAAGGAAAAGUCUAUGCUCUUUUUAUUGGAGACGUAGUUCUUGUCAACAAAUCUGGUCCAGCCACGGAAUUGUCUUCAGCUUCUAAAAAGAAGCUACGAAGCAUUGCAAUAUUCUUUGGAGAUGACGACGAACAAGACAAAGGAGAGGAGAAUAUCAACCCGGAAUUAUUCUCUGGUAAAGAGUCCCGUCUUCUCGACACACGUACAAGAACUGAGAUCCCAUCCGAAGACAGACGUAAAGAGCACCAGGCCCAACUUAAGAAACAGAUUAAUGAAGAAGCAAAAAAACGAUUGUUAGAUGGAAUGCAGGAUAACAUUUCCAAAAGGCCCAAGCUCUCUUCAAUGGUAGCAUACAAGCAUCCCUCAGUUCUUCCUGUGAGAGAGAAUGACGUACAGAACCUUCAUCUUUACGUUGAUCGUAAACACGAGGCAGUCAUCCUGCCCAUAUAUGGUGUCCCAGUUCCAAUACACAUAUCAAUGAUAAAGAACAUUAGUAAGAGCGAAGAGGGUUCUUAUACCUACCUGAGGAUCAACCUGUUUCAUCCUGGAAGUACAAUGGGCAGAAUGGAUGGAGUUGUGUUUCCUAAUCCCGAGGCUAGUUUUGUCAAAGAACUGUCGUUUCGUGGUUAUAAUUCUGCCAGUAAUUACCUGGGUGGGGGCGGGAUCAGUCUAGUUGGUAUAUUCCACUCGAUUAAGGAGCUACAGAAGAAGUUCCGAACUCGAGAGCAAGAGAAGAGAGAACUGGAGGGGUACCACGAGCAGGACUCACUCAUCGUCAGUUCUUCCAAAGGAAACCCUCGACUGAAGGACCUCUUCAUGAGGCCUGUGAUAGGACAGAGGAGGAUACAGGGUGUAUUAGAGGCCCAUACUAAUGGACUGAGGUAUACUAAUUUAAGAGGAGACCACGUUGACAUCAUUUACAAUAACAUUAAACAUGCAUUUUUUCAGCCUUCGAAAGGUGAAAUGAUUGUCCUGUUACAUUUUCAUUUAAAACAUCCGAUCAUAAUUGGAAAGAAGAAACAGGCUGAUAUACAGUUCUAUACUGAGGUCGGAGAGAUAAUGACAGACUUGGGACGAAACCACCACAUGCACGACAGGGAUGACUUACUUGCUGAACAGACUGAGAGGGAACUCCGUCAAAAGCUGGACAAUGCGUUUGAUUCCUUCAGACGUAAAGUGGAGCAGAUGCCUCAGUGUCAUGUGGACUUUGAAAAACCUUUUAGAGACCUAGGGUAUCCUGGUGUACCGUUUAGAAGCACUGUGUUCCUGAUGCCUACUGCUAACUGUUUGGUUAAUCUCACAGAACAACCUCCAUUUAUUGUCACUUUAGACGAAGUUGAACUUGUUCACUUUGAGAGAGUACAAUUUCAGCUAAAGAACUUUGAUAUGGUGUUAGUUUUUAAGGAUUACAAGCGGAAGGUGUCAAUGGUUGCCAGCAUACCAAUGAAGAACCUGGACCAAGUUAAAGAAUGGCUCAAUUCUUGUGACAUUCGGUACACUGAAGGAGUACAGAGUCUCAGUUGGGCUAAGAUUAUGAAAACCAUUAACGAGGACCCUGAGGGGUUCUUUGAGAGUGGUGGGUGGAGCUUCCUUGACCCUGAGAGCGACGAAGAGGAGGAGGAUGAAAGCAGUGAGAGUGAUGAAUACCAACCCUCGGACGAUGGAGAUAUGGAGGUAGGGGAUGAAAGCGAGGAAGAAGAUUCUGAUGAAAACUAUACUUCAAUAUCUGAGGGAGAUGAAUCAGAUUAUGAAGACAGUGAAGAAGAUGAGGAAAGUGGAAAGGACUGGGAUGAACUGGAGGAAGAAGCAAGAAAAGCUGACAGAGCUAGAGAGGAGCCUGAACCAGAGCCGACCCCAAGGAAAAGAAAACACUCCAAAAUGGGCAACAGCAGACCAGCUCCUCCUCCUUCAAAAAAGGCAGCACACAAAUCCUCACCAAAGAAAAGGAGAAGAUAGAUCAGAAAUGGCUGGCCACUUCUUCCUUUUACUCACACGCAAUCUCUCAACUUUGAAAUGCAAUGAAAUACAUUACACACAAACUUAUCUCCUGCUGUCAACUUCAUGUCUUUAAAAUGAAUAAUAAUGACAGAAA